AUGGAGGAUGAGUUUAACGUAACAUAUGUAACUCUUGAUGGGCUUGUUGAAGUUAAAAAAUAUGGAUAUGUUUAUUUUUUGAUUAUGUUUACAGUAUAUAUUCUAAUAAUCUGCUGUAAUUCUACAAUAGUGUACCUCAUCUGCACAAACAAAAACCUCCAUGAUCCGAUGUACAUUUUCAUUGCAGCUUUAUUACUGAACUCUGUCCUUUACAGCACUGUUGUCUACCCAAAGCUUUUGAUUGACUUUUUGUCUGAAAAACAGAUCAUAUCAUAUUCAGUGUGUCUCUGUCAGUUUUAUCUAUUUUACGUUGUAGGUAGUUCAGAGUUCUUACUGUUGUCAGCCAUGGCCUAUGACAGGUAUGUUUCGAUCUGUAAACCUCUGCAAUACACAACUAUCAUGAGAAAAACAACUGUGAGUAUUAUCCUGUUUUUUGCUUGGCUUCUCCCUGCAGGUCACAUUGCACUCCCAACAAUACUGAGCACUGAAGCCAAACUGUGCAACUUUACUUUAAAAGGAAUAUUCUGUAACAAUGCAGUUUACAGGCUUCACUGUGUAACGUCCAGAGUAAUCACUGUAUAUGGUGUUGUGGCUUUGUUAGAUCUUGCAGUUCUGCCUAUGCUUUUCAUAAUUUUUACAUACACAAAGAUAUUUUUAAUAACAUAUAAAAGUUGCAGAGAAGUGAGGAAAAAAGCCGCAGAUACCUGUUUACCCCAUCUGCUGGUUUUAAUCAGUUUCUCUUGUUUGAGUCUCUACGAUAUCAGUAUAGCUCGACUGGAGUCUGAUUUUCCCAAAACGGCACGUUUAAUAAUGAUGUUACAAAUCGUUUUGUAUCAUCCUUUGCUUAAUCCGCUCAUAUAUGGGCUCAAAAUGAAAGAAAUUUCUAAACACCUCAAAAGGUUGUUCUGUCCAGCCAAAUGA